ACCCCGAGCGCGUGCCCGCAGCCGACUUUCCCUCCAGAUCCCCGGAGCGGCGCGCUCCGCCCCCGCGCCGCGCACGUCGGCCCUCGGCGGCGCGCACGCCUGCGGGAGCCCUCUCCAGGCAACCCGGUGCUGAUCGCCCGUGCCGGUGCGGCCGUCAGCGCCCUUGUGGGAGCCGAGGCUCAAGAGCAGCCCCCCUCCCCUUCCUGGGCUUCCCCCACCCACUUCCCGGUCGGCGCCGGGGCUGGAGCAGCGAUGGCCGGCUGCGGUCCCGAGGAGAAAACUUACCGGCGCUUCCUCGAGCUGUUCCUGGGCGAGUUUCGCGGACCCUGCGGCGGCGGCGAGCCGGAGCCGGAACCCGAACUCGAGUCGGAGCCCGAGCCCGAGCCCGAGCCGGAGCCGGAGCCCGAGCCCGAGUCCGAACUGGUAGCGGCUGAGGCGGCCGAGCCUUCGAGUGAGGAGCCCGGGGAGGAGGCGGCCGCGGUAGCCGCGACGGAGGAGAGGGAGCAAGAGCAGGACCAAGACCCCGAGCCCGAGGAGGAGGCGGUGGAGGACGAGGCGGCGGCGGCGGCGGAGGGCGACGAGGCGGCGGCGGCCACCCCGGGGCAGUCGGCCGUGCCGCCGCCGCCACCGCAGCCCCAGCUGCCGCCGCUGCCCCCGCUCCCGCGGCCGCUGUCGGAGCGCAUCACCCGGGAGGAGGUGGAGGGCGAAAGCCUGGACCUGUGCCUGCAGCAGCUCUACAAAUAUAAUUGCCCUUCCUUUUUGGCUGCUGCUUUAGCCAGAGCCACAUCAGAUGAAGUCCUUCAGAGUGAUCUUUCUGCACAUUACAUCCCAAAGGAAACGGAUGGCACAGAAGGAACUGUGGAGAUUGAGACAGUGAAAUUGGCCCGUUCUGUCUUCAGCAAACUACAUGAGAUUUGCUGCAGCUGGGUGAAAGACUUCCCUCUCCGCCGGAGACCCCAGCUUUAUUAUGAGACAUCAAUCCAUGCCAUCAAAAACAUGCGCAGGAAAAUGGAGGACAAACACGUCUGCAUUCCUGACUUUAAUAUGCUCUUCAACCUAGAGGACCAGGAAGAACAAGCUUACUUUGCAGUGUUUGAUGGCCAUGGAGGAGUGGAUGCUGCCAUUUAUGCCUCCAUUCACCUGCAUGUUAACUUGGUACGCCAGGAGAUGUUCCCCCAUGAUCCUGCUGAAGCCUUGUGCCGGGCCUUUCGGGUCACUGAUGAACGGUUUGUACAGAAAGCAGCCAGGGAGAGCUUAAGAUGUGGGACCACAGGAGUGGUAACUUUUAUCAGAGGCAACAUGCUACAUGUAGCCUGGGUGGGUGAUUCCCAGGUUAUGCUUGUGAGAAAGGGCCAAGCUGUUGAACUAAUGAAGCCACACAAACCAGACAGAGAAGAUGAAAAGCAGCGAAUUGAGGCCCUGGGAGGUUGUGUAGUCUGGUUUGGUGCCUGGCGAGUGAAUGGAAGUCUAUCCGUCUCCAGAGCUAUUGGAGACGCUGAACAUAAGCCAUAUAUCUGUGGGGAUGCAGAUUCCGCCUCUACUGUGUUGGAUGGAACUGAAGACUACCUCAUUCUGGCCUGCGAUGGCUUCUAUGACACCGUGAACCCUGAUGAGGCAGUGAAAGUUGUAUCUGAUCACUUGAAGGAGAAUAAUGGAGAUAGCAGCAUGGUUGCCCACAAAUUAGUGGCGUCAGCUCGCGAUGCUGGGUCAAGUGAUAACAUCACAGUUAUUGUGGUUUUCCUGAGGGACAUGAACAAAGCUGAAAAUGUUAGUGAGGAAUCAGACUGGACAGAGAACUCCUUUCAAGGAGGGCAAGAAGAUGGUGGGGAUGAUAAGGAAAAUCAUGGAGAGUGCAAACGCCCUUGGCCUCAGCACCAGUGCUCAGCACCAGCCGACCUAGGUUAUGAUGGGCGUGUGGAUUCAUUCACUGACAGAACUAGCCUGAGCCCAGGGUCCCAAAUCAACGUGCUGGAAGACCCAGGCUACCUAGAUCUCACACAAGUAGAAGCAAGCAAACUUCACAGUGCUCAGUUUUUGCCACCAGUUGAGAUGUUUGGUCCUGGUGCACCAAAGAAAGCAAAUCUUAUUAAUGAGCUAAUAAUGGAGAAUGAAUCAGUUCAAUCAUUGUCUGAAUGGAGCGGUGCUGGAGAGUCUCCCUCUUCCUUUAAUUUGGGUUCAACAGGGCAGCAGAUAUACAGAAUGGAGAGUGUGUCUCCUGUCUGUUCUAGGUUGGAAAAUGAACAGUUAAAAUUCCUGGGAAAUAGAGUUUCUAGAUUAUCUCAUUUACGCUAUCACUUCUCAAAGAGGUGGCAUGGAUUCAGGUUUAAUCCAAAGUUUAAUUCAUUCCUUCCUGCUCAAGAGCCUUCCCACAAAGUAGGCACAAGCCUGUUUUCACUUACUUCAGGUGGGAAAAGAAAUAGGAUGUUAAGAAGUUCUCUUCCAUGGAGGCAAGAUAGUUGGAAAGAGUAUAAUGAAAACAUGAGGAAGCUCAGAAAGAGUAAUGAUAUUCCAUACCCAGGUCUUCCCUGGAGCUGUAAGAUAUAAUACCUUGUCUUUAGAGUAGGCUAGCUAGCUCUCCCCCAAUAAAACCACCAUCAGAGUAGAAACAAGGUAGACAUUUCUGAAAUAUGUGUUCAUUAUAAAAUCAUAAAUGGCUCAAUUCUUAAAUGUAAAUAGAUCUCUAGGAAACUCAAAAUAGUGAUUUCAAUCAAAAGAAGUUUUUUGGCAGUUUCAUUAGCAAAAUUAUACAACUGAUCCCUGUAAUGUAUCCACAUCUACAUACAACCCCACCCCACUGCCGCGUCACACCAUUAGUGGAAGCUUGCAAGGUACUUAUUUUUGUCAGGAUACAGUGUUGGAAUAUGGUCUGAUAUGCCUAAUAUAUCUUUGGAAAACAAUGUAGAAUUGAUUUAGUUGAGGACUGUUCCUCAAAAGACCUGGGACUAUGAGGGAAAACCCUACCUUCCCCACUUUUUUGGUAAGUAAAAGACUAUAAGCCAUACGGGUUUUAAUUGGUAACAAUGAAAGUAGAAACCUAGUGUAAAAAUGUCAUAUUUUCAGACUUGUGAGGCAGCAUAAAGAUUUACUGAUUUUUUUUUCUUUUCUGUAACAUAAAGGACAAAGCUUUUUAAAUUAUUUCCCAGGGCUGUAGCUAUUUGGGAGUUUCAUAACCUGUUAUGGUGCUUUUGGUGGAAUUUUUAUUAUUUGUCAGAAGACCACUGUCAACUGGUUUCAACCUAUGAUGCUAAUAUGUUUUUCAUUGUACCUUCAUCUCAGGAAUAACACUGGUUUAAUGGAGAUGUCAGGUACAUUUGAAAAGAAAAUAGAAUAGCAUUGCUAUUUUUUCUACCCCCCCCCCCUUUUUUUAAAGGUCAAAGACAGCAAAGCCAUAUACCACUAUCAAAUAAGAAGUGGUGCCCUAGCUGGUUUGGUUCAGUGGCUAGAGCGUCGGCCUACAGACUGAAGGGUCCCAGAUUUGAUUCUAGUCAAGGGCAUGUACCUCAGUUGCAGGCUCGGUCUCCUGCCCUGGUCGGGGGCGUGUGGGAGGCAACCAAUUGAUGUGUCACUCUCUCUUCCCCUCCCUUCUACUCUCUCUAAAACUCAAUAAAUAUCCUCAGGUGAGGAUUAACAAAAAUAAGUGGUUUUGGAGAAUAAAAAAUAACGAGUUUUAACUUCUCUAAAACUGUUUCCCCCAAGGGAAUGAAUUGGUGUGAGAGGUUGAAAGUACUGCUUAAGCGAGCCUGGAGGCCAAGGACAAGGGAGAGUACAGAUUACCGAGACCAAGGUCUGCUUAGUUAGAAAUGGAGAACACCCCAGAGUUCUGCUACAUGCAACUUCAUGCAGAGAGAAUGUGUAUCUCUCAUUUCAAUAUGUAUUUAUAUUUUAAAAUUGUCUGCUUUUUGCCAUUUCUGCAGUUUCAAGUCAGAAGCACAUCUUCAACUAAAGGCAGCAAAUAGAGUAAUAAUCAGAUUCAUUCAAUGAAGCAGCCUGAUUCUGAGACUCAUGAAUGUCUCCACAUGACAUGUUACCCUCCCCUAGUCAACUGUGGACCAGACAAGCCAGUGGACAGGAGGUACCUGCUAUAGUGCUCAUCACUCAUACUGUGAGAUACUGGAUACUCUUGCUGAGAAGCGCCCAAUGCCUAACCAUGUUUGUACAUAAUGCAAUUACUUUAUGUUCUCCAGAUCCACAAUGGAGGAGUAAAAUCCCUGGAUUUUAAAAUCAGAUACUUUGGGUAAAAACGGCUUCACUUUAGUGAUGAUCACAUCAUUAAUUUACAGAUUUUAUUUUAAAAAAUUGAAUGUAAUUAGACAUUUUCAGUAUUUGUUUUCCCUUGGUUUGAAGUCAUUCUUUUCUCGAGGCUUGUGACCAGAAUCUCACCAGCCUGAUAUUUUUAAACACCCUCCCCCACCCCCCCCAUGCACCUCACUCACAUCUUUCAUUUUCUCAAGCCUAGAUCUUGUUAACAACCCAUCAGGUGCAGUAUCAGUUUCGAAUCCAAUUAUCUAAGGAGAUAAGAAAACAGAGGCAGCAGAAUAUUGGUAUGUUAUAGUCCAGCAUUUAGCUAAGUUAAAAAAGAAAUUAAGAUUUUUCUAUAACUAAUGUUUUGAUCAGAAUAAAGCUGGUGAGAGGAAAUAAGGUACAAGUGAUAGUUUUUUUAGUGGGGGAAAAUGGUUGGAUGAAAUUGGGAUGAACACAGACCACAUCUUAAGGGGUCUGGAUCUUGUAGGUUUGACUACAUAAGCAGUGUUAACUCCAUUUUCAUACCAGUAGCCCUCUAGAAAAUAAAGCAAAGUAGUGCUAGUAUGAUAAAGUUAUGAAACAAUAUUGUAAAAAAUAGCAAAUUUUCAUUUGUCCACAUGCAUAUUUAUAGAGUAGUUAGGUACCAUUUGUAAGGUAAGUCCUUUAAAAUUCUAUAAUACAUAUUAAAGUAGUGGUUAUUGGUCUGAUAUAUGCUGCUCUUGGUUCUAUAAACCAGAUAAAAGCAGUUCUUUGUGAAGUGCAGUGUUAUAUCUUAAUGCCACUGGUGAUAGAAAGUAGUUCCCUUCGGUUCAAAUCCUGUGCCCUUAUUUGCUGCUUGCUGAUGUGAGCAAUAAGUAUCCUCUAACUAAUGGUUUUUACACAUUUCUGUAACUUGUACUUUAAGAUGGUGUAUCUGGUGAUUGUAAAAAUAUUAGAUAGAUAUAAAAGUAUCUAUAUAAUAUAUAUUAACUGUUAAUGCUGAGGUAUAGUCUGUGAACUCUGUGUUUUGUACUUUUACUCACUGUGUAAUUUAGUGGUGGUGAGAGUUCUACACUCAGUCUUUAAGAGUGGCAGUAUCCCUUUAUGAAUUUAACAUGAUCUGCAUCAAUUUGUUUGCCUGCUAGUUUUGUUAGAAUAGGAAAUAGUAAAACAGUGUAAACAAGAAAGUAUAGUAUUGGUUAGGGAAACAGACUUCAAGUCACCAACUAAAGUGAUUAUAAAUGCCUGUACAUUCACUGUGAGUUUCAAAGGGAAUCACCCUAAUUUGUUCACUUUCUGGAUGUGUACUGUUGAGAGAGAGCUGAUGUUAAGCAGCACUAUCACAUCAAACACUGGGGCUCUCAGUACCAGUUAGGUCUCUACUAGAGGACAGUGGAAAUACACAUGUAUAUACCUUUACUUUGCCUAAAAAUGCCAUCCACUGUCCUUAAGUUAAUAAAAUUAAAGUUACUGUUUUAUUUAAGAGGAUCUUGAAAGUAACAUCUUUUCCAAGGACAGUGUCAGCAACAUCAAUGUCAGUAUUGAGCCUGACCAUUUAUAGCGGUCCAAUGUUCACAUGGUGGUACGGUGCAUCUCCCUUAUCACAUUCCCUUUUGGAACACUGUGCCAGUAAGAAGUGCAACAUCCAACGGGCAGAUGAAAACGAUACAGAAAGUUCAGUGUUUACAGAUAAAACUGCUGUGGUUCAAGCACUUCCUUCCCCAUCAGAGGCUGGCCAAGGCUUUGUAAGAAAGUGAUCUAAAUAAUUAUUUUGAUGUUUAAACAUAAUUUGUUCACUCAAUGGUCAUUCAUACCUAAGCAAGGCCAUAAAAGGUGACACCCACCAACUCUUCUAUUCCGACCUGUGAAUAGCUUAGAUGUUUUCAAAACAAGAUACCACCAGUAUUAUAACACAACUAUUUUCCAGAUAAAUGGUACUGUGUUGAAAAACAAUUACUUCCUCUAGCAGCAUUUUAUCUUCUAUUUUGAAGAUUAUUUAUUGUACUAAUUAGGAAAUAUGAAAUAAGAUAGGGAACUCCAGACUGACACAGUAGUUGUUCUGAAAAAGGAACUACUCUAGUAAACUCCGAUGUAUUGGAUAACCCAAUGAUGUAUCAGCAGUAACCUACUCUGGGUGCUCUUUGGUGAGAGACAGGCUUUGUCCUCUUGUUCAUGACAUUUCUCUGCAAAGAAAUUCUCUAUGGAGUGAAGCAAAUGAAGUAAACAUUUCUUACCAAGUAAAUUUAUCAACUUAAGAACCUGCUCUACAUCUCACUCUUGAGUUCAGUCGCAAUCACCAGUGAUCCUUCAUACUUUAUUUAUUAAAACUGUUCAUUCAGGUGAGAAGUAUGUUGAAAUUUUGCCAAUAUCUUAAUAAAACCCAGCAAUUUAAAACCA